CACACUUGAGGUCGAUAUGGGUCCCGCUUUCCGGUGUUCAUGUCACGGUCCUAGCGGGUUCUCUUUAUCAGAGACGCCCCUCGGCCGAACCGAUGAUGACAGCCAGCAUGAUCCACUUCCCGAUCUCUUUGUUAUAUCACCCCCAGUUACCCAACUCUACAACUCAUUCUCGUCCAAGAGUGACGAUACCCCUCGAGCGAAACCAUAAGUCUCGACAUGGACAGAUCGUUGUAUACAAAACAAUUACCACGGUUACGGAGUCAAAGUCUCCUCGGGCCCUCAACUCUUGUCCUCUCCAUCCUCGCUGCCUCCAGCACCCCAUCGACGCCAUGGAGUAAACAUGAGCCAUGCAGACGCCCUUGUCAACGCCGCGCCAUCCACACACGUCGCAAAAUCUCGUCCUCAAGCUAUGAAUUGCCUGCAAAGGCCCACUUUGAGCUCACCCCUUCAGAAGCCCCCAGUUCGAGACCGUUGUCAUGUCUGUCUCUGACCACCUUGAUCCGCUCUUAUGCCAUUACUUCAGUCUCUUCGAUCCCUUUUCUCCUUCGACCGUCGCUAGUUGCCCUUGACUUCCUCGCCCACACCAAAUCGCCCAUCUUCAGCCCCAACUACAAUCCAGUACUCCACUUUCUCCUCAAACGGACCUUCUACGCCCAGUUCUGUGCAGGAGAGACACCUGAAGAGGUGAGGAAAACCAUCGACGACUUGAAAGAGACGGGUUACAAUGGAGUCAUUCUUGGCCAUGCAAAGGAGGUUGUGCUUAGCAAGGAAGACGCCGCGGGCUUGGAUUCAUCCGCAGAUCAGGGUCAUCAGGCACAGAUCAACGCUAAAGACAUCGGCCAAUGGAAACAAAACACCAUCGACACGAUUGAUCUUGCCCAAGAAGGGGACUUUGUUGCCUUGAAAUUCACCGGUGCCGGUCGGCAGGCAUUGCGACAUCUGAAGGCAACGAUCCCAUGCGCACCCGAAUUCGAACAAGCCGUACAUGCCAUGUGUAAGCGAGCACAAAGAAAAGGAGUCAAACUCUUGUUUGACGCCGAGCAAGCAUCACUGCAGGAGGGUAUCGACAAUUGGACCAUGUAUUUUGCCAAGAUUUACAACAAAGAUGAAGCGUUGGUAUUUGGAACUUACCAGGCGUAUGCAAAGAAAACACCGGGCGUCCUUGCCAGACAUCUUGCUGUGGCCCUGGACAAUGACUUUGUUCUUGGCGUGAAACUGGUUCGCGGAGCCUACCUGGGAAGCGACCCACGAGAGCUCUUCUGGCCAAGCGCUGAAGAAACACACUCUUGUUAUAAUGGCCUCGCUAAGGGAGUGAUGGAACGGAAAUACAACGACCGUCUCCAGCCUGUCAACGAAGGAGCAACCGAAUUCCCCAGAGUCAGUCUAGUCUUAGCAACGCACAAUUCCGAAUCCGUCCGUCUGGCGAGAGAACUGCGAGACUUGCAGGCGACAAAUGGCGAGGAGCAGAUUGAGGUGGCUUAUGGACAGUUGAUGGGAAUGGCCGACAACGUCAGCUGUGCGGUGGUACAAACGGCGCGAGAACGAAGAGGGUCUGUUCAAGCUUCCAAUGUGGAGAUCCCACGGGCCUACAAAUACCUGGUCUGGGGCCAACUAGGCGAAUGCAUGAAGUAUCUCCUUCGCCGUGCUCAAGAAAAUAAAGACGCUGUGAGCAGAACGGUAGAAGCAAGGCGAGCAUUGGGACAAGAAUUGGGCAUCAGACUCCAGUUUUGGCGCCGCUGAUGAAUCGGGGGUUUGAUGAUUGGAUGAAUGCAACUAGCCAUGCUUUGCUGGGGGUGAUGGACCCGUAUGGAGUGCCUGAAGAUGACAUCUCUGGUAGGUUCAUUCUGGUCCUGCUUUGCACUACUUUGAGCGUUUGUUUGCCUCUUCAUAUGACGGUUCUGUAUGCUGGCACUGGGUCAUCGCGUGGACGAUUUGAUUCACAUUGGUUCGGUACUGGUGCGUUGCAUUUCUAGGCCUGGAGCGCUUGUUACUCCUUGUUGUCGCUUCGCAGCAUGGCCAGCGGAGAAUAAGGUCGGCUCUCGCGAGCAUAAAUAUCAUGAACGCUUUUCUCAAUUUCUUUUGGGACCAGCGACCGGUCAACAAUUUCUACACUCACACGUCCACGUUAUUGUUCAUCUCUGCUGUUCCCUUUUCAGUUGCCAUUUCUCUCUUUUUCUCUCUAUUUCCCGUACUUGUGGCUUUUCAGGCGUCUGUCAUCAUCGCCAUCGCCAUCGCCAUCGCCAUCGUCGGCUCAAGGAAUCCAAGGGUGAGAAAGAAGCGGCAUGAAGAGCGGGUAGCUAC